UGAAAUAUAAGACACAGUGUAAUAUGCAAGGGUGGGUAGUAGUCAGAUUCCCUCCAUAAGCAUUUCUCUGUGGUGGCGUACCAUCAUUCUCCGACUCACUUCCUCAUUUGAAAGUGUUCACUCUACGUAUUAUCGAGAGAAUGACUGAACUCACUCAAGACUCACUAUGCAUACAAACAGAUGUCGAAAAGGUGGAUGUUGGAAUGUAUGAGGCCGGAGAUGAAGAUAGAAGCGGCUUUCAUGUCUUCAAUAUUGCAAGAGAUCAAUAUCAUCGAGCAGAAGUUCUUCAGCGAACGGGGGCUAUUGACAUCACUUGCAACCUCAAGGAGGUCAUUCAUGGGGCCAUGUCUGCCAACAGUGACCGCUAUGCGACCUUGAUAGUUAUGGAGUGGGGGUUUCAGCCCAGAGGUUCACGUCGAAUUUCCGAGGCCUCAAUUGAGCUUCUAUUCGAGACUGCUUUGCCUGACAGCGACAUCGAGGUUGAAAAAGUCUCAUUCGAAGACACAUAUAGCCUAAUGCCAACGAUACAACAGGAAACUAUAACCAUGGGCGGGGAGGCUACAAUUGGGGUUGAACAAUUCGCCAGCCUUGGGUUGACUGGUAAAUGGGAGAAGACAAUCUCUAAAACAAGUUCAGAUGCUAUUACUUUGUGCGGAGGGAAACGGCUUAUCAACAACAGGCCCCCAAACUGCAUCGCAACGUGGAAGCUCUCCGAAAAUCAGGCGCAACGCACUGGGAUUCCUGCUUCGUUGAAGAUCGCAAUGCUUGUUUCGAGAGAUGACGAAGAGAAAUUCUUCUGUAAACUGGCUUUCACUUGCAAGACAGACCUAAAGACAUCUUCUAGAGGCCUAUUUAAGAAAAUCCCUAAGGAUGAUCCAAUUAUUUUCCAGCCAAACCCUAACGAUGUAGGGACGCGCCCGAAUAAUAAUGUGGCAUAUGGGAAUCUGGAAUUGGGAAGUGUCAACCUCAAUGAGCUUUGUAAUGUCACCUUUAGAACUAUCAUCACAAAAGGGCAGAAGCCUUGGGAAUAGUACGUCUAAAAGUCAGACUUGGAUUGUUGCUUCAAUAGGUACCUGGCCUUGUGCUCGUAGGAUGCCUAUUAGCUAAAUCAUAUAUCUCUGGUUCUUAAGCUACAACUUACAUCAGGUUAAUGAAGGAAGUACAGGUAUUUACUUCCCAGGAGAUUCCAUGUAAAGGAGAAAAGAAAAUAUACCAAAACCAAGCGGCUAUCACAACAGAAUCCUGAGUGACACUGUACAAAAGGACUACAUAAUAAACGAAUGCAAUUGAUAAGCUGACC